AUGUCCAAAUCCGAAACCGCCACGUACACCCACGGCCACCACGCCUCCGUCCUCCGUUCCCACAGCUGGCGCACCGCCGCCAACUCCGCCGCCUACCUCCUCCCGCACAUCCAGCCACACAUGCGCAUCCUCGACGUCGGCUGCGGGCCCGGCACGAUCACCAUGGACCUGGCGCGGCUGGUCCCCGAGGGCCACGUGACGGGGCUCGAGCGGGAUGCGGCGGGGGUACUGGACCAAGCACGCGCGCAGGCGGCGGCCCAGCACCUCGACAACAUCAGCUUCGUGGCGGGCGACGGCAACGCGCUGGCGUUCGCCGACGGGUCCUUCGACCUCGUGCUCUGCCACCAGGUGCUGCAGCACGUGCGCGAUCCCGUCGGCGUGCUGGCGGAGAUGCGGCGCGUCGCCAAGACGGGCGGGCUGGUGGCCGCGCGCGAGAGCGACUACGGCGGCUUCGUGUGGUGGCCUGAGGUCGGUGGGCAGGGGCAGACGCAGGGGCAGGCGCAGGCGCAGGGGCAGGGGCAGGCGCAGCUGGGGCUGGAGGGCUGGCGGGCGUGUUAUACGCGGGUGACGCGGGCGAACGGCGGCGAGCCGAAUGCCGGGCGGAUGGUGCAUGCGUGGGCGCGGCGGGCGGGGUUUGCGGCCGACGCCAUCACGUGCAGCUCGAGUAAUUGGUGCUAUGCGACGAAGGCGGAGGUGGAGUGGUGGAGUGGGUUGUGGGCGGAGCGGACGGUGGCGUCGGCGUUUGCGGCGACGGCGAAGGAGAAUGCUGGGGUGGGCGAGGCGGAGUUGGAGGAGAUUGCGGCGGCGUGGAGGCGGUGGGGGAGCGAGGAGGAUGCGUGGUUUUCGGUCGUGUCCGGGGAGGUGAUUUGUGUGAAGAGGUAG